AUGCGCGGAAAGGCAAUCACUCUUGAAAUACUCCCAACUUACCACACUGGAGUCAUGCCUGCACAACAGCCGUGCUCAUCCCAAGAUGAUUCCUCCGUGGUAUUCAACAACUACAGCCACAUCAUCACCGCCAGCAUCAGGCCACAGACCUCGAUGAGCAGCACUGACGGAGGAGAGUUCAAAAAUCAUGCUCAGACCUGGGAUCUGGUCCUCUCAAAUAUGCUCGCCGCUGCUCGGUGCGCUCACUGGCACAGACACAAGUGCGAAAAGACGGCAGAAAUCGGAGGCUUAUGCGAGGAGUGCUCGAAGGGGCAAUGUGGGUUUUCUGAAAUGGACACCAGUCUACCCGUUUUCGGCGCUGCAGAGACUCACUUGGCAUUGUCUGUCGUUGGCCGCAAGAGCUCAUGGUGUGCCUGGCAUGGACAGAGGUGA